AUGUACGGCUUAUUGGUCGGUAUGAGCCAGGUUGUAGUGUUUGUUUCCCCACCUUUACUCUCGUCCAAACAGGUGGCAGUUCCAGAUCGCCCAGUAGCAGUGAGCGAAGACGAGCACGAGAACCGCGCCGUCGGCCACACCUCCGACGACGACACCACCUCCGAUUCUGACGUGUCGUCCAUCGCCUCCUUUAGCGGCCGCAAGAAAUCCCUGGAACUGGCCGGUACCGACGAGAACCUGGUCGUUCUAGCCGAGGCCGUUUUCCACCACAUAGCCCUCGAGCCGGAAUUGCUGGCCUUCAGGGCGGGCGACGUGGUGGAGGUGGAAGACAUGGAUGACCGCGACUGGUGGUGGGGCUCGACGGGGAACAAGACCGGGUGGUUCCCGGCGCAGUUCGUGCGGCUGCGCGUCAGCCAGGAGGACACGGUGGAGGACUGUCUGGCGGCGAUCGCGGCGGGGAGGCCGGCUUCCGCGCAGAUCAGGCGGAGGACCAGCGUGUCGUUACUGUCCAACGAUCAGGUUCGUACGAGUGUUGUUCGUGAGCUAGUCCACACCGAACGCGACUUCGUCAAAGUACUGCAAGACGUGGCGGAGGGCUACCUUUCGGAAUGCCGUAAAAGAGAGGACAUGUUCGACGAGGAGCGGAUCUCGAUAAUUUUCAUAAACUUGGAGGGCAUAUUGAGGUUCCAGAAAGGUUUUCUAAGGGACCUGGAGGCGUGCGUGGAUUGGGAGGCGCCGCACCGGAGCUGCGUGGGGGAUUGCUUUCUCAAACACAGCGCUGGUUUUAAGAUGUACUCAGAUUAUUGCAAUAGCCAUCCCAUGGCGACAGCCGCUUUACAAGAACUCUAUCAGUACAACAACUACAGCAAGUUCUUCGAGGCUUGCCGACUGAUGCGCGGACUCAUCGAAAUACCCUUGGACGGCUACUUGUUGACCCCGGUUCAGAGGAUAUGCAAGUACCCGCUUCAACUGGCCGAACUUCUCAAGUAUACGAGGACCGAUCACGAGGAUUUUGCUAAUAUCAAGGAGGCUUUGGAAGUGAUGAGGGGCGUGGCCAUGUUGAUCAACGAGAGGAAGAGGCGAAUGGAGAGUUUGGAGAAGUUGGCCGGGUGGCAACAACGCGUCGAAGGUUGGGAGGGCGAAGAUCUCAUCGAAUUAAGUUCACAGCUUAUCUAUCAAGGAGAAGUAGUCAGAGUAACCUCGGGAAUGUGGACCAAUAACAUCACGCUCUUCUUGUUUGAUCAUCAGAUUGUAUAUUGUAAAAAGGAUAUUCUUAAGAGGAACACUUACGUGUACAAAGGAAGGAUCUACCUAGAUACUUGCGAAAUUAUUGAUGUACCUGAUGGAAAAGAUUCCAACCUGGGUGUGAGCGUUCGACACGCCAUCAAACUGCUCAACCUGACUCGAGAUAAAUGGCUAAUGUUCUGUUGUCGAUCAGCCAAAGACAAACAACGAUGGAUGGACGCCUUCUCCGAGGAGCGAAAGCUGGUGGUAAAAGACCGCGUAGACGGCUUGGAAUUGCCACAGACCGAUCGCCAUCUUGCCAGAGCUGCAGCUAGUCGCCAGAAACGACCGCCAAGGACACUAAGACAAAAUAAGAAAUUCAAACACCAAUCCAGCUACAUCGGCUCCUCGAUGCUGCAGCUGAACACCACCUCCUCCAAUUCGCUGCUGGGCAGGAAAAUGGGCAACUGGUUCAGCUUCGGCGGCGGCAAGAAAUCGCGACACCACGACGUUCCCUGAGACCGAUCGCGCGCUCUUUUGGAUCGUCCUGUAUAUAAUUUGACGUGCUGAAACGUAGGGUGCUCUACCGUUGGAUGUGUCCGUUGUACAGAGAUUUAUGUAUAAUGAUAAAGCCGGUGCCAAAAAUUUAAAGAUAUAAAUAAAAAUUAAGUGAUUCGUCGAGAUCUUGAAGUAUACUUAAAAACGGGUGUGUGGUGGUAUAUCGAAGUAUCCGAAGAAUACGAAAGCAUUAGGUGACAUAUCACUAGAAGAACUAUGUAAAAAUUCCUCCUCGAAAAAUCGAUCGAAAAAAGUGCAUAUUUGUUAUUGUAAAUUAUUUCCUUUUCAAUUCGAUCUCUAUAAAUAUAUCUUUUUUUAUGACAAAAUAGUAACAGAUAUAUUAAAGACACUGAUGAUAGGGGAUUCCUGUCAUUUUACCUUCGAAGUAAGGCUUUCUUUCUAUAAUAUUAGACUACGUAUGAGUUGUUUUAAACAGAAUGGUCUCGAAAAAAAAAUAUAAAAUAUUUAAAAUAUCACAUUUUAUCAGACAGCUAAAUCAUGUGAUCUACAGGGUGAUUCGAACUGAUUAAAAUAAGUAAAAAAGU